CCUUACCAAGACACCGCAGUCCACAUUCCCAACUAUACCUCAGUCCUCUGUUAACACUCAACAUGGACUCAACACCCACUGAGACGAUCACCCUAAACACAGAAGGAACCAGUCGGGGGGAAGAGCCGGCCAGGGAGCGGAGACAAAGACUAGAAAAACAAGUACUGUUGACGAUUUUGGCAUCUGUAACCUUCGUGGCCCAGGGAACAACACAGACCUGGCCCUCCCCGGCCCUCUACGACCUCGAGAACAACAACCAAACACUCUACUCCACCACCAUCACCCUCACACCUCGCGAGAAGGAUAUGACAGGAAGUCUAUGGUUCCUGGGGUCGCUGGGUGGCUCGUGGGCGGCUGGAUGGGCGGCGAGUAAAUGUGGUCGGCGGAGGAGUAUUCAGCUUCUGGCUCUCCCCAACGUUUUGGGGUGGCUCUUGGUGGCUCUGGCUCCCAUUCCAUCACUUAUGCUCACUGGCAGGUUUGUAUUGGGUGUUGCGUCCGGGGCGGGAACAGUAUGUCUAACAGUAUAUAUCCUGGAGAUAGCAGAUACCGGGGUUAGAGGCACACUGUCUGUUAUCCCCACCUUGGCUUUGAUAGCUGGUGGACAGUACGCACUCUGGCUGGGGACAACGCUUCACUGGUACCAUCUGUCCUUUGCCUGUACACUACCGCCACUUCUCCUGCUGGGGAUUUACUACAUAUUACCCGACACCCCGUCUUAUCUGUUUAUCUGUGGGCGUUACGGCGAAGCAGCAGCUACACUUAGGAAAUUACGAGGUCGUUAUGCUGAUAUUGAGAGUGAAAUGGAGGACAUGAAGCGAAGUAAUGAAUCCUAUAGGAAGAAUUCUGGUUACCGUGAGUUACUGAAGGUGAAGGUGGUGAAGCGCAUCGCCGUCGUCAUGAUACUCUUCGUGUUUCAACAGUUUUGUGGUAACUUCGUGAUGAUUGUGUACACAGCCCGGGUAUUACAGGCAGCUGGGACGCCCUUGGAGCCAGAUACAGCUAGUGGUAUAGUAAUGUGGGCGAGGGUGGCUGGUAUAAUAAUGUCAUUCUGUCUCUUGGAUCGUCUUGGUCGUCGGAAUUGUCUCGCCGCAUCUCACGCUAUCAACGCCGCAGCACUAACUCUUCUGGGAACUUAUGUUUACCUCAACCAACAUGACGAACAACAGUCACCAGAAACAUCCCUCAGCUGGGUGCCGAUGGUGUGUGUAGCAACGGCGCUGUUCGGCUCUGAUAUUGGUCUCCAUUCCGUUCCGUUCAUCCUUGCCGCCGAGUACUUCCCGACCAACAUUCGCACCCACGCAACAUCGGUAUGUAUGACGUGGUUUACCGUGAUGGGGUUCGUGGUCAUGCAGCUCUACACACUCAUGCAGGAGGCGCUGACGCAGGCCGGCCUCUACUGGUUCUAUGCUGGCUCUAGUCUCCUGGCCACGGGAUUCACCUUCCUCGCCGUCACAGAAACGAUGGGCAAGUCUAUGGGGUAGCUGCCUCUAAGGGGGUAAUUACCUCUAAGGGGGUAAUUGAUUUAUGGGGUAAAUGCUCGAGUGAAAUAAUGAAUAAAAACAUAAAAGAAAA